AAUUAUACAUACAAAAGCCUUUUUAUACGAGAAUAUGGCUUUUUCGACCACUUGACAUAGUUUGUAAACGUAAAAUAACUUGUAUCGAACUUGUUUUAUUCUAAAUCACAUUUAUUAAACCAAUUGAUCGGUAAAGCAAGGUUAGAUAUAACCUUCUUUCACAGUGAUAUAAUCGGGGGUAGUAAUUUUUUAGCAAUCGCAUUGUCAAAUACGCGUUGAAUUGUUUGUAAUAUCUGAUAAAAUAAAUACUUUAAGCAGAUGAAUAGUUUUAAAAUGAACGGAUUGAUAUAAAUUUUUAACAAUAAUGUAUAAUAAAUCCGACACUAAUACAAACGUUAAGCUACCGCCGAUUAGUGCAAAUAGCAGCUCUGGUAUAAAAAUUAACGCAGAAUGUGGAAUUAACGGGGGGAAUACGUCAAACACGGCGGUCCUGAAUAGUUCGGCAGCCCCUACCAGCGGAAUGGUGAGCCAAAAUCCUAGGGGCACGAGUUCGAAGAACUUGAUAUAUCGGAGCAUUCCGCCGAAACCUCACACGUUUACACUGUCGGAUAUGAUUGAACCUAAUUUCGCUCAUCAAAUGGGAGCUCCUCACAGUAAAAAGCUCGGACUAACCGGAAGUUCUUCCUCUGAAUUUGCUAAAAGGUUUAUGACUAGACCGUCAACUCAGCCUCGUGUUGUGGAAUUUAAUGUUUCUAAAAUGGGAUCACAGAAACGAAGGCGAGGAAUAAAUGGGUUUUUCCCACCUGUAAAACUUCGGGUCUCGGCGAAAGCUGAUAAAUCUCAAACCUCAGUAUCUUUUUCAGAGCCACCACCGCCACCCUCAGAGCCAAGCCCACUUCAGCUUGUCCCAACGGCCUAUUCAGAGGUGCGACCAAAAUCCGAAUCCCGAAGCAUUUCGCGAUCAUCUCGUCAGUCUCACAGAUCUAUACGCAAAACCCCGGAGUCGGUGAGAACAGCCCCACCACAGGAUCACACUUCCAUUUAUCCGGACACUUUCGAAUUUGACGACCUUAGUUACCUGCCACGCCCUAAAAAGUAUUUACCAAAACGAGACUUACCAUGGGUAUUUAGAUACAAAGUGAAAAGGAACAUGAACGAGUUGUCAAAAAUUAUGGCUAGUAAGCCGGGGCCAAUGAUUGAUGUAUAAGAGGGCAGUUGUCUUAGAAUGUUAUCAUAUAUUAUAAAGAUACAAAUUACGUCAUAAGAUGACGACAAGAGGGUCGAUUAUGGUAAUGGCGUUAUGACGUCCGUAUAAUCUUUAUUUUAUUUAAUGUUAGAUAUAAAGACAUUUUACGUGCAUUUAAAGCAGUCAUUCAUUUGUGCUGGAGUAUAGAGUGUGUAUUUGAUGUUUUUGGAGCUAAAUGUGAUGUUAGCCAAAAGACAACUUUUUUCAUGACGUCAUCACUCAGUGAACGUUUAUAAAUGACGUCGGAAUAUUACACAUAUUAGUUUAAUAGAAAGCAACAUUUUACGGUGCAAACAAAAUUGAAUGACUAUGUGGUUGCAGUUAUAAAACUUGUGUUUGUUCCACAGUGUAUGGUAUUUAUAUGCGAAAAUCAUUUAAAUCUAGUUCUAUUUGGCAAUUUGCAAAACCUGCAUUUAAGAAAAUAGCAAUAGUAUAUAUAUACGUGAAACUGUUAAAGUUACUACACCUAUAUGUUUUCGAUAUUCGCCAUUAUAUAGGUAUGGUAUACUUUAGCAGGAUGUGUAGACUGUAACAAAUAAUCAUCAAUAAAACUAGUGCUAAUUUCAGUGUAUAAACAAGUCUACUUCCGGUUAUCGCACGAAAAGUUUCAGACGUGACCGGAAGUAACAUGUGCUAGUAAUCACAAGACAGAAUAAACAUUGAAUUACAGGCUUGCAAGACAUUGUACAGAGAUUUUGUUUAUAAUCCACUGUGAAUUUCAUUUCAUGCCUUUUAGAGAAUACAGUUUCCUCCGCAAUUCCAUUACACUUACAGUUUCUCGUUUUAUCCUAGAUAAUUGUUAUCAUCUUCCAAAGACCUCCACCAUUGGACUGGGUUUCAAUUCGUUUGUAUCGGGGUCACUGAGGCGGAAACUGUAUUUGCCAACUUUCUCUCUUAGAAAGGCUAUGUUUUCAUUUGUCAAAACGAUAUCGGUGGAACAUUCCAAAUAUGGUACCGAUCACCGGUGUACCAGAAAUGUAAUCUUAUAUGUGUUUGAACACUGUCUUUAGCGUUUAAAUUAUAUGCGGCAAAUACUUAUAUUGUAAUGGUCAUUUAUGUUAUCAAUAACAUUUCUAAUUGCUCAAUGACUCGUUUUCUGAAAUUGAUACCCGGUAUUUUAUAAAGGUUAUAAAGAUUUAUAUUUACCGAAUAUCAAUUUUCAGCGGACGACGAAUCUGCCGAACUCUUGAUUUUAAUAUUAUAUUUAAUAUUUAUUGUAUUCAAAUUUCUUUCAUUGUUUUUUACUGCACAUGUAGUCAAAUUCAAUGCAUUUAAGGUUUAGCAUGUGGAAAUGCUUAACAUAAUAAGUAUGUAUGUAUAUUAUAAAGUUAAACUUUUAAAAUAUAUAUGUAAGUGAGUGAAACAUGCACAUUGAAAGUAAUAGUUGAAGAAUGCAAGCACCUGCUUUUAUCAUAGCUUUUCAGCUGACAUGACAAGUUACGUCACAAUGUACAUUUUUGUUUGUGUAUAUUAUAUUGUAUAUUUGAAUAUAUAUAUUGUAACGUUAAACUUUUAAAAUUAAAGAUAAAUAAUACAACCCACA